UGGCUGCCUUCUUUUUUGAAACUUCUCCCCAGCUGGCAGCCAAAAAUAACUUCCAUUCCACACCAUAUUUGUGCAAGGGAUCUGGAGCCUUUGGGAAGCCGAUUAAGCCCCGUGCCCUGUUGCUGGGGCGUGCUGCGUUCGCUCGCAGGCACCGGAGGGCGAUGCAUCUAACGGAGCUGAACUGGGAGUGCCUGCUGCGCGUGUUCUCCUUCCUGGACAAGAACAGCAGGAAGAGUUUAGCCCAGACAUGCCCCAGGCUGCUCCGGGUCUUCCAGGACCCCUCGCUGUGGCCCCUGCUCCACUUCCGUUCCCCGGCUGAGCUGACAAAGGACAACUUUGUCUUGGGACCUGCCCUGCGCCACCUCUCCAUCUGCUGGCACUCCAGCCAAGUCAAGGUGUGCAACAUCGAGGACUGGAUGAAGAACGACCUGCAGAGGAACAUCUGCGGCCUGCACGAGCACGUUGUGAAUGACUUUUUGCUCCAGGUGUCCAGCAGGUGCCCGAGCCUGCUGUCUCUGAAGCUGUCCGGAUGUGGCCACGUCACUGACGAGUCCAUUGCGCUGCUCCUCAGGAGCUGCCCCUGCCUUCAGACUCUCCAGCUGGAAAACUGUGUCCUGAUCACUGACUGGACUCUGGAAGCGGUAACUCUCCACGCCGACUCCUUACGGACUCUGCACGUGGACUUCUGCAGAAACGUAACAGCAGCUGGGGUGCAGCAGGUCCAGAAGAAGCGCCCGUUGCUGACUCUCAGCGCAGAAAGGAGCGCAAACAUGAUUCCAGACAAAAGGCCAGGCAGCUGGGCCUCGGAGAAGGGGUUAAAGCGAAUCCUGUGGCAUUAGCUAAGCCAGCAGCCACACUUGGAGCUCGAUUCUGCUCUGCUCUUUCUGUUUGCAACUCAAGAUGCUUGUUCGUUGGAAGAGAGGUGUAAAACAGGAGGACAGGAAGUUACUCUACUCAAACUGGCCGUGGAAGUGGCAAAGCUGCUGUCCCAAAGAUCUGGCAGCCUGCUACAGAAAUUGGGGCUGUCCUUUUACUGGACCAUUUGAGGAACCCCUGUGGUCUGUUCCAUUU